AGCCUCACCCCUCUUGUGUUCAUCCUAACCCUGGGGCUUGGGUCUGGUGAAAGCCACAGAGAGGUAAAGGGUCAGGAAGUUGAAGAGGCUGGAGAUCUGGCACAGGGGUUGUGCACACCAGCCUUAGGGUAGAUAAUCUCAGCUGGCAUCCUGGUUCCCAUGCCUUAGGAAAGUUAUUUAAGGUCGCUGAGCCUUAGUUUCCUCUUGUGUAAGAUGGGAAGAUUGUUGGGAAGGUUGAGUGUAAGCAACAGUAACGUCAGCUGCUGCCUCUGGCGUUGUGAUGGCCCACGGGCCAUGCUAGGCUGCCAAGGACAGAAAACACACGGUGAGAGUGCGGUUGCCACUGACCCAUGCCUCUCCAUUCCAGCAGUUCCCUUUCUGUUUGAUGUCCGUGAACAUCACUCACAUUGCCAUCCAGGCCUUGAGGGAGGAGUGUCUCUCCAGGUGAGUCCCCAGCUGCUGGCUGCCUAGAGUGACCCAGCAGAGCCUGGUUCAUUCCCAGCCCUGCCUCAUCUCCCCCCACUCUGCUCCUCACCUGUGGGCUCCUGGAGGGCCUGCACACAGUCCCUGGACGCCAGCCUCCCUGGCCCAUCUCUCCUCCCCAACCUGGCCUCAGGUGGAGGCUGCUUGGAUGGGGUGUCCUGGGUUUGGGCUGGUCACCCUGGGGAAGGGAGGGUGGGAGGCACCCAGGUGUCAGCUUCAUCCACUGCUGAGCAGGUCACCUCCCUUGUCCUGUAGGGAGUGUAAUCGGCAGCAAAAGGUCAUCCCGGUGGUAAAUAGCUUCUACGCUGCCACUUUCCUCCACCUCGCACAUGUCUGGAGGACACAGCAGAAGACCAUCUCAGACUCCAGCUUUGUCCUCAAAGACUUGGAAGUGUUGGCCAAGAAGAGCCCAAAGCGGCUGCUCAAGACCCUGGAGAUCUACUUGGCUGGGGUAUCAAAGGGACAGGCCUCCUUGCUAGGAGCACAACAAUGCCAUGGACCCCAAGCCCCGCACUCCGAGGAUCUCACCUUCACGGGCCUGUGUGACCUGCAGCCUCACUCAUCCGAAGGCUCGUGGCUGAUCUGACUGGCUCCAGGGACAGACUGAUAGAAUGUCUUGAGUCUGGGUCGCAGGGGCUCUCAGAGGAUGCAUGGCAGGCCAGGUCAGGAGCAGCCUGGCUGGGCCAAGCCCUUGCCACCUCAACUCCCGGGCCUGGUUGUAGAAAUCCAAGUACCCUCACUGGCAUGAGACAUUAGGGGAGGCUAGACUUGACUCUGCAAGAUGGCGCUCCCUGCAGACCUGCCUCCAGAGCAGGGAGAAUUUUGCCUUAAUCUCAGUUGGGCUCCAGUCUACGGGGUUGGGUUCCAGGUUAUCUCAAUGGGAGUGUAUGGAUUAGGAGAUGGUACACCCCCAUCUAGAUAUCCUGCAUAUCCCCACAUGGAGGGAGGUUCCUAAGUAGAGGCAGCCAGAAUCCUGACCCCCUGGCAGGAGGGUUUUCAGGACCAGGGUGUCUGUGUGGUUAGGAUUUUUUUUAAUUUUUUUUUUAGGGCUGGCCCGUGGCUCACUCGGUAGAGUGCAGUGCUGAUAAC